CUACAGUUAUCAUCGACCGUCGAGUAAUAGAUAAUACGUGAGUCGUGACAGUCAUAUUCUAUAUUUCAUAAUAAGUGUUGGUGUCGAUUGAUUUUGAUAAAAACCUCAAUGUAGAUAUUUAAAGGUAAACUCACAUAAUAAGGCUCUCUUGUAAAAUCGAAUCUAAAUGAAACGAGGCCUAUGUAACAUAUUUUUGGAAUUAUAACGAUAUCAGAAGACCAUACUAUGAUGUUUCUACUGAGCAACCACACAAACGAUGUGAAGCGUUCUGAAAAUUAUUAGUUAUUAAGUUUAUUAACUUGCAGUGACGAUAUAUUUAAAAACAUUCGGAGACGAUGUCAAUAUUGAACUAAAAUAAUUAAUAAGUCUUUGUCGUAGAAACCGUACAUUGGUUGUUGUUAAUCAAAUUAUGGGACUGCUUUUUUCAAAAAUUUGGAGCUUGUUCGGAAACGAAGAGCACAAGUUAGUACUUGUUGGGUUAGAUAAUGCUGGCAAAACAACGAUACUUUAUCAGCUGCUUCUCGGUGAGGCCGUGCACACGAGGCCAACUAUCGGCUCCAAUGUCGAAGAAGUAGUAUGGCGGAACCUUCGUUUUGUGAUGUGGGACCUGGGAGGACAACAGAGUCUACGCUCGGCUUGGACUACUUACUACACAAACAGUGAAUUUGUGAUAAUGGUGAUUGACUCCACUGAUCGACAAAGAUUGAACAUAAGCCGUGAGGAACUGCAUAGAAUGCUCUUGCAUGAGGAACUCAGCAAGGCAUGCCUCUUAGUCUUUGCUAAUAAACAGGACGUGAAGGGGUCGAUGACGGCGGCGGAGAUAUCAGAGCAGUUGGAUCUCACUUCCAUUAAGCAGCAUCCGUGGCAUAUCCAGGCCUGCUGCGCGCUCACCGGCGAGGGCUUGCACAUGGGCCUCGAGUGGAUCGCGAGCCGAAUAAAGAAGAAGUGACGAUCCGGGCAGCGUGCGCUCGUCGCGGAAUAUUAAUAUUGAUGUUACUUUUUUCGAUAAUGGAGUAUAUUUUUUAAAACAUGUGAAAUUAAAUCCUAUUCUUCUUGUCUGAUUUUACUCUAUUAUAUAUUGUAAUAAAUAAACUAUUCACUAGGCGUGGUAUGAAUAAUGUAAUAAAUAAUUUUUCUCGA